CUUUUCUAAUCAUUCUCUCUUUCUAGACCUUCUUCUUCUUUCUUCUUCUUCUUUCCAUGGACAAAUUUCAGCUUCUCCUGGUUGGAUUACCGCUCUUUCUUUUCUGUACAGAUAUCGUUAACCUAUUUGGUCCUCGUCCACCUCCCAAGCCCGAUCAUCAUCACCAUCAUCAUCAUCACGAUAAACCACACCACCAGCCGUCUCCACAAACCCUAGAUUUUACAGCAUCGCAGAAACUAAAUGGAGUUGGAGCAAUUGGUUUUGGUAACACCGUCAACAUCAAUUUCUGCGCCUCUUGCUCAUACAGAGGGACAGCAGAGACAAUGAAGAAUAUGCUGCAAACAUCAUUUCCUGGGAUAAAUAUUGUUCUAGCAAAUUAUCCUCCUCCACUUCCGAAACGUUUGUUGAGUAAAGUAGUACCUGUUUUUCAGUUUGGAGUUAUUGGAAUUGUUAUGGCAGGGGAACAGAUAUUUCCUAGGUUGGGAUUUGUAGCACCUCCUCGAUGGUUCUAUACCUUACGAGCAAAUAGAUUUGGUACUAUUUCAACUGCUUGGCUUCUUGGAAAUGUUCUUCAAUCCACACUUCAAAGUUCGGGUGCUUUUGAAGUUUACAGUAAUGGUGAAUUGGUUUUCUCGAAACUGAAGGAACACCGGUUCCCUUCUGAAAUAGAGUUGAAAGAUCUAGUUGGUAAAACGGUUUCGAAUGGGGGAAUUUUGGAUGGCCCGGGCGAGAACCUCUGGUCCUAGGAAGGAAUCAUUUGUCAAGUCCCACAAAAAAAAAGAAGAUUCAUCUGACAUGAUUGUUGUUAAGGAGGAGGAGUGAUCAUAAAAUCAAAUAGAAGUCAGAAAAUUUUAAUGUUUUUCCAUGAACCCUAAACAUGUUAGAUUAUACAUUAUUGUUUAACUCUGGCUGUAAGAACAGUUACAGUAUUAGUAAGUUUGUUUUUUAUUUC